AUUUGGUUGUGGUCCGGCUAAAAGAGCUAGAGACACAAGGUCACCGGGUAAGUGAGUUGAUUUAGCUCUUACUUAAAUUAUUUGACUUAUUUAUACUCAUUAACCUUUAAAUUUAUUUUAUUAUAGUUGAAUGGUGGUCACUAAUUGAUAGUGAAACACCAAACUUGCAAAAGUUUGCCAUGAAAGUAUUAAGCCUAACUUGUAGCUCAUCCGGAUGUGAGCGAAAUUGGAGUGUGUUUGAACACAUUCAUUCCAAGAAGAGGAAUAGGCUUGCACUAUCGCGUCUCAAUGAUCUAGUGUACAUUAAGUACAAUAGAACAUUGAAACGUCGUUAUGAUGCUCGUGAUCUCAUUGAUCCAAUUCGCUUGGAUAACAUUGAUGAUUCAAAUGAAUGGUUAGUUGGAUGCCCCGAAGAUCAAGAAGAUGAACUAGUAUAUGAGGAUGAUGAUCUUACUUGGGGUAGUGUUGCUACGGCAAUUGGAGCUGAUGAGAGUAUCUAUCAUCUUAGGGGACUUUCUUCAAGAUCAAGAGCACUUGACAAGGGCAAAGGAGUAGAAACUUCAUCUACAAGUUCAACUUCAAGUAGGACUCGGACACUAAUUGAUGAAGACUACGAGGAGGAAGAAGAUGAGGAGCAAUAUAAUGAUGUAGAGGAUGUUGAUCUUCAAGAAUUGGAUAGUUUUGAAGAAGAAUAGACUUUUAGAGUUCUAGUAUUAUCUUUUGAAUUAUUGGGUCUUUAAAGUUCUAGACUUUUAGUAUCUACUUUUUGUUUUUGAAUUGAAAUAUUUGCUAAUAUAUGUUAUUGCUAUUGAGAUUUUGGAUAUUUAUAUAUGCAAUUAAAUAUUUUUAAUUUUUGGUAUUAAUUGGCGCCUUGAUUCAAAAAGGCGAUCGCCUCGCCGCUCGCCUCGCCGCGUGGCGAGGCAGGCCCUUGUCGCCUUUUGUCGCCUCUCGCCGUCCAAAACACUGCGUUUAGGUGCAGGGUGGAUGUGGAGGCUUGCCUCCGAAGUCUUGUGUGUUAAGAAGGUGCCACUGAAACUUAAAGGCAAGUUAUACAUAGUGGUGUUUAGACCAACUAUGUUGUAUUGGCAGAAUGAUAGCUAGCCAAGAACUCCCACAAUCAUAAGAUAAAAGUUGCGGUAAUGAGGAUGUUGAGAUAGAUGUGUGGGCAUACUCGGAGAGAUAGUAUUAGAAGUGAAGAUAUUUGGGACAAGGUGGAAAUAGCCCCGGUGGAGGAUAAGAUGCGAGAAGCAAAACUGAGAUGGUUUGUACAUGUGAAGAGAAAAGGAACAUAUUCCCCAGCGAAGAGGUGUGAGAGGUUGACUAUGGAUGGAUUCAAGGGAGGAACAAAUAGUCCGAAGAAGUAUAAGGGAGAGGUGAUUAGAUAGAGCAUGAAGAGGUUACAAUUACCGAGAAAACAGCCUUAGAUAGGAGGUUAUGAAGGUCAAGAAUUAGGGUAGAAAGUUAAUAAAUAGUUGGGUGUCAUCUUGUUUUUCCUUACAUACUAGUUAAUUAUAGUAUUACUCUUGUAGUUUCUUGUCUUUCUAUUUCUGCUACUACAUGUUUCUUGUACUUCAAUUAUCAUAGUAUUUUGUUGUAGUUACUACACCUUUUCAGAGUGUUUUGUCAUGCUCUCUACAGUAUUUUUCCAUGGCUUGUCCACUUUGUCAUUUUUUUUCAAUCUACUUUAAAUUGCUUUUCCAUGAGUCAAGGGUCUUAUCAAAAACCACCUUUGUACUUCCGAAGAUAGGGGUAACGCCUACGUGCAAUCUACCCUUUCCACUGAAUAUUAUGUUGUUGUUGGUAAUCUAAUACUCCCUCCGCUCUAUAUUUAUGGUAUUUUAAGCCUGGACACACCCCUUUAAGAAAUCACUUACUCAUAGAGAUAAGAAGUGAUUGCACCUUGAUUAAAUAAUUUUACUUUAAUACGAUUUCUUGGUUAGGUAAAAAUUCACUUAUUUAAGUGUAAAUUUGGAAAAGAACUAUUAAUAACUUCUUGAUUAUGUUAAAAACUAUCUAUUUUGGACUAAAUGUAAAAGCUAAAAAUACUAUAAUAUGGAUAGGAGGAAGUAAGGGGCAAGAAAAGAUACACAAAAAAUUACUACAAUAUCGAUAUACACCAAUUACAAAGGACCACGCAGGAAUGAACUUUAAAAAAAAAGAAUUGAGUGCAAAAAUUGGGAAUAAGCGAGGAAAAGGCAAUGGCACACAACCACGUGUAGCAGUUUGAUAUCAUUCAUUUGGAAUACGUAAUUACAACAUAAAGAUGCAAAGCAUUAAACAUAUCGAGACUUAGCUAAAAGAACAACAAAAG